GGGACAAAGCCACUGGGCAGGAAGCAAUGCUUUAAGAAGCAUGUGACCUCCCUGGGGAGUACACUGGGGGCCUGCUGCCCGGACAGGCAGUGAACCUGGAUAUGGAGCCCUUGGGGCCUGCUGUCUAAAAUGUCUGUUGUAUGGCGCUUCGCUCUCCAACCUUGGAGAGUGGUCAGGGAAGGCCUCCAGGAAGAAGCAGCCACAGGUGGCAGGCAGAGCAGGGGUAAGAGGUGCCCAGAAGGGACUGAUCAGAAGAACUACACCUCAGGAAGUAAAGGCGAGAGCAGAUGGGAUCAAGUUGCCCAGACUAGACUCAAAGCGAACAACAGGACUGGUGGACACAGCCAGGAUGGGCCCAGGCGGGGUGAGGGCCAAGGGGGGAAAGCGAGCUUUAGAAAUACUUCUGAUCGACCGGGGAGGUAGCUGAGUGUACAGCAGUUGCCUUAGCACACCCAAGGCCCUGGGUUGAUCCAGUACUCCAAGAGAGGCAGAUGUGCCACUCAGAAUGGCAGCCAGUUUAGUGAUCUGGAAAGAAGGAUCCAAGGCUGUCCAAGGCUGGUCAGCUCCCAUCCUCACGCUGCACAGCUGUCUGGGAAUGGGGGAGGGCUCAGAGCUUGUGACUCAGGGUGUCCACCCUGUGGUCAGAUACUCAUCUCCAGCUGAUCCAGGUGCAUGCGCAAGAGGCGGUUCUCACCCCCACCCCACUCUAAGCUCCCCAUAGGCAGGUAUGGUCUCCUUGGAACAGCAAGAACCCUAAGGAAGAGAUUUGUUCUGAGUACUGUCCCUUAAGUGAAGACCGGGCUCCCCUCCCCCACCCCACACCCCUGGCCCUGCUGCUGUCUCUGGACAGAGGGAGGGGGAAGUGGCCAAAAAAACGAGAAGUAAGAGAAGUUCCUGUCCAGCCUGCACCAGUCUCCACGGACUUGAGAACUGCUGUGGCCAUGGAGUCUGUGGAGACCCCUGUGAAGGACGGCAUCCUCUACCAACAGCACGUGAAGUUUGGCAAGAAAUGCUGGCGCAAAGUGUGGGCUCUGCUGUAUGCAGGAGGCCCAUCCGGCGUAGCUCGCCUAGAAAGCUGGGACGUCCGUGAUGGUGGCCUGGGGCCAGCAGGUGACAGGUCCACAAGGCCUAGCCGUCGAGGGGAACGCCGGGUCAUACGUUUGGCUGACUGUGUAUCUGUUCUGCCGGCUGAUGGUGAGAGCUGUCCCAAGGACACUGGUGCCUUCCUGAUUACCACCACUGAGCGAAGCCACCUGCUGGCUGCACAGCACCGCCAGUCGUGGAUGGAUCCCAUCUGCCAGCUGGCCUUCCCGGGUACCGGAGAAUGUGCCUCAGGAUCGGGACAGGCUGAGAGUCCAAAAAGGGGCUUUGUUCCCAUGGAGGAAAACUCUAUCUACUCCUCCUGGCAGGAAGUGGCUGAGUUUCCCGUGACAGUGCAGAGGACUGAGGCCACCGCCCGCUGUCAGCUGAAAGGACCCUACCUCCUGGUACUGGGUCAAGAUGACAUUCAGCUUCGGGAGACUUCCAAGCCGCAGGCCUGCUAUAGCUGGCCCUACCGUUUCCUCCGCAAGUUUGGCUCCGACAAGGGUGUGUUCUCUUUUGAGGCCGGCCGCCGCUGUGACUCAGGUGAGGGCCUUUUUGCCUUCAGUAGUCCACGUGCACCAGACAUAUGUGGAGCCGUGGCCGCCGCCAUUGCCCGCCAGCGGGAGCGUCUUCCAGAGUUGGCCAUGUCCCCACCCUGCCCCCUGCCUCGGGCCCUCUCCAUGCCCUCCCUAGAACCCCCUGGAGAGCUUCGGGAGGUGGCCCCAGGAUUAGAGGUGGCCACUUCCAGAAAGCUGCCUCUAACUGAUCCUGGGCCUCAAAGCCUACCACUGCUGCUCAGCCCCACACAAGAGGGAACAGCAUCCAGUCUCUAUGCGUCUGUGUGCAAGCAGCCCGGCAAGCACGCAAGCACGGUGGAGCACCUCUAUGAGAAUGUGUGCGUGCUGGAGGCCAGCCCUGGGCUGUCCAAUGGGGGUCCUGAGGCCCAAGAGGGCCCUCCUGGUGGCCGCAGCCCCCUAGGCAGCCCCAUCUACCAUAACAGUGAGGAUCUGAGUUGGCCUGGCUCGGCCCACGACAGCAAUCUGGAAGCCCAGUACCGGAGGCUGCUUGAGCUGGAGCUAGAUGAGGCCGAAGGCACUGGUCGCCCUGGAGCACAGACAGGUAUCAAGGCCAAGCUGGUAACCCUGCUGACUCGUGAACGCAAGAAGGGCCCCACCCCCUGUGACCGGCCCUGAAGGCCUGUGUGGCCGCAGCAGGACAGAGGUGAUCUCCCAAAACCAGGAACAACUUAGAACAUAUCCUGUCUACUCUGACAUGCAGGGACAAGCCAGGUGGCCUGGGGAGGAGCCACGCUCUGCCCUCCCUCCUUCCCUGAGACAGUGUACAGAUUAACCAGUAAUAAAGCUUGCCUAUCAACUUCC